AUGGGGAAAUAUUAUUGUUGCAUGACAAAUUGUCAUAAUUUUCGGGGUAAGAUCGGCAAAUUUAACAAAAAAGUUACUUUGCAUAAACUGACAAAAGAAAAAGAUUCUAGAAGGGCCUGGAUUAUAGCUAUAAGCCGGAAAUACUGGAAACCAAAAGAAAAAGUUUCUUGUAUUUUCAGAUAUGCCAAACCAGUUGGUGAUGAAUCGAGUCUGGAUGAAGAUGCCAUCCAGUCACGGGUGCCUUCUCAGUCUGUACAGUCAUGUAUAGUUGGAAUACAGAACACUCCAGUAAUGUGUGACAUCAGUGUUGGUACUAGCAGGCCAGACAUUAUUAUUGAGGAUAUACAAGACUCAAAUGUUGAUAUGCAGUUUUACACUGGCUUACCAAAUUACAUUGUAUUUCUUGCUCUUUUUGAAAGUCUGCUGGAAUGUGGGGGGAAACAGUUGUGCACCACCACAUAUAGCAAGUCUGAAAUAUGUUUUAAAAAAAGGGCGUAAAAAGAAACUGAGGCUUAUUGACGAAUUUCCUUUAGUAAUGAUGAGAAAUAGGUUAGGUUUACUUGUGAAAGACCUGGAGUUCAGAUUUAAAGUAUCCAGCAGUACUGUUUCAAACAUUUUUAACACCUGGAUAUCAUUUAUGUUUACAUAUUUGCAAGCUUUAGUAUUUUUGCCAAAGUUGAAAAUUCUGAAAUCACAUGUUCCAGAGUGCUUUAAUUUUUUUAGUGAUACCAGAUUUGUUUUAGAUUGCACCGAGAUAUUUAUUCAAACUUCUUCUUUGGAAAACCAAUCACUGACAUAUUCCAAUUAUAAAUCGCAUAAUACCUUUAAAGUUCUCAUUGGAAUAAGCAUGACUGGUGCAGUUGUUUUAAUUUCAAAAUUAUGGGGUUAGUGCUUCUGAUGUUGAAAUAACCAGAGCGAGUGGUUUACUUGAACAAUAAGAGCCUUGUGAUGCAGUUAUGGUAGAUAAGGGUUUUAUACAUUUGAAGCAGGAUUUGAUGAAGAGAGGAGUGAAAAUGUAUUGUCCACCAUUCAAAUGUAAAGAACAAUUUUCAAAAACUGAAGUCGAAAUAACAAGACGAAUUGCAUCUGCCAGAAUACAUGUA